AUGAGACUCAUAAAAGUGGAUCUCUACAACCUCCGAGUGACUGACGAGUACAUUGACUCUGCUGACCUGGAGCCCGACACGCUGCAGGAGGAGCCCGUGCGGUACCACGAGGCCUGGCAGAAGCUGUGUGGGGCUGAUGGAGUUCUGGUUCCUGGUGGAUUUGGUGUUCGAGGAACAGAAGGCAAAAUUCAAGCUAUUUCCUGGGCAAGAAAACAGAAAAAACCCUUCUUAGGAGUCUGCUUGGGAAUGCAGUUGGCCGUGGUGGAGUUUGCUCGCAGUGUUCUUGGCUGGCAAGAUGCGAACUCGACAGAAUUUGACCCCAAAACUGCUCAUCCAGUGGUGAGUUUAUGGUGAUUUGCUUGUAAUAUC